GAGGGAAGUAAGCCAGUACAAGUUUUUCAAAGACCAAAAUUUGACGUCACUGGCUUAGAGCGGCUUCGAUUGAUCCAGGCUGUGACGUCUCAAGUUAAUCAGAUAAUGCAAUAUGAUUGGUUGCAACGGCAACGAAAAAUUUUUAAAAUAUAAUUUUUUUUUUCGUCCCCUGGACGUACUUCUUUACUUUUUCCCCCCUUUCCUACUCCCUCCCUCGCCAUGCCUGCCGUCGCUAACAACACUCAGGCUUCCGAAAUCCCUACCAAGAAGAUGGCCGCCUUGUCCAUCUCCACUAACCCCGGCGAGGUCGAGUCCAAGCAGGUUCAGGAGCUUCUCCAAAAGCUCACUGCUGCUUCUGCCGAUGCUGACCGUUACUCUGCCGCCGAGGAGUUGGCCAGCUUUAUCAACACUCACGGCGUCCUUUCUCUUAAGCUUUAUGGUAUCUUGGAUGCCAUCACUGCUAACUUGAACAACAAGAAGGCCCCUGCUGCUCGUCAAGCUGGUGUUGCCUUGAUCAAGGCUCUUACCCACAAGAGCGUUGACCGUCAAGCUGAGCCUUUCUUGCUUAACUUCCUUCCCCAACUUCUUGAGCUCCAAGCUGACAAGCAAGUCGCUGUCAAGAACGAUGCUGCUGAGGCUGCCAAGGAUCUUAUCAAGACUGUCUCUCCCUUCGCUGUUCUUACCAUGAUCCCUGCUAUUUUGGAAGGUCUUACCAACUCCAAGAAGUGGCCCACCAAGUUCCUUACCUUGACCAUCAUUGAUGAGCUCGUUAAGGUUGCUCCCAAGCAAGUCCACUCCUGCAUUCCCCAGAUUGUUCCCUCCAUCUCUGACUGCAUGUGGGAUACCAAGGCUGAGGUCAAGAAGGCUGCCACUGCCACCAUGGGCAAUGUCUGCUCCCUCGCUGACAACAAGGAUAUUGAACGUUUCAUUCCCGCUGUCAUUGCUUGUAUCAACAAGCCUGAGAACGUCCCUGAGACCAUUCACUUGCUCGGUGCCACCACUUUCGUCCAGGAAGUCGACUCUGCUACCUUGUCCAUCAUGGUUCCCCUUUUGGCCCGUGGUUUGAACGAGCGUGCUACUCCCAUCAAGCGCAAGUCUGCUUUGAUUAUUGACAACAUGUCCAAGCUUGUCGAUGACCCCAAUGUCGCCGCUCCUUUCUUGCCUCUUCUUUUGCCCGGUCUCGAGCACACUCACGAGAUCGUUGCUGAUCCUGAGUGCCGUUCCGUUGUUGAGAAGGCUCUUGCCACCCUUCAACGUGUUGGUACCCCCAAGGAAUGGACCAAGACCCCUGAGCAGAAGGCUGAUGCCAUCGUUGCCGGUCUCAAGGAACUUUUGCCUACCGAAUAUGAUGCUUUCUUCCAGGUUGAGGUUGACUACAUUGGCAAGCUCGCCAUUGCCAUGACCAACGUUCAAGAAUUCCAAAAGAACGAAUGGGUUGUCAACGUCACUCCUUAUGCUGCCGCUUUCUUGUCCCAGGACGAUGCCACCAUUCUUGCUGACUCUUUCCUUGCCAAGUGCGAGGAGGCUGUUGCUGAGAAGGAUGUUGAAGAAGAUGAUGAUGAGGGUGAAGAUCUUUGCAACUGCGAGUUCUCCCUUGCUUAUGGUGCCAAGAUUUUGCUUAACCGUACCUCCCUCCGUCUCAAGCGUGGUAGACGUUACGGUCUUUGCGGUGCCAACGGUUCCGGAAAGUCCACUCUUAUGCGUGCUAUCGCCAACGAACAAGUUGAAGGUUUCCCUCCCAAGUCUGAGCUUAAGACUGUCUAUGUCGAGCACGAUAUUGAUGGUUCCGAAGCUGAUACUCCUAUUGUUGACUUCGUCCUUGCUGACGAAGGUGUUGAGACCAAGGAUCCCGUCACCGUCACCAAGAUUCUUAAGGAAUAUGGUUUCUCUGAUGAGAUGAUCUCCAGCAAGCCCAUUGGUGCUCUUUCCGGUGGUUGGAAGAUGAAGCUCGCUCUUGCCCGUGCUAUGCUUAAGAACGCUGAUAUCUUGUUGCUUGACGAACCUACUAACCAUUUGGAUGUUGUCAACGUCGCCUGGUUGGAGAACUACCUUCUCGGUCUUAAGACUGUCACCUCCAUGAUCGUUUCCCACGACUCUGGUUUCCUUGACAAGUGCUGUACCGACAUUAUCCAUUAUGAAAAGAACUACAAGCUCAAGCGUUACAGAGGUAACUUGACCGAAUUCGUCAAGAAGGUCCCUGAGGCUGCUUCCUACUACUCUCUCCAGGAUGCUGCUUUCGCUUUCCGUUUCCCUGAACCCGGUUUCCUUGAGGGUAUCAAGACCAAGGAACGUGCCAUCUUGAAGAUGAAGGACUGUGACUUCCAGUACCCCGGUACUGACCGCAAGCAAUUGACUGGUAUUACCAUGCAGUGCUCUCUCUCUUCCCGUGUUGCCGUCAUUGGUCCCAACGGUGCCGGAAAGUCUACUCUCAUCAAGCUUUUGACUGGUGAGAUGGAAGCCAACAGCGGUGUCGUCUGGAAGCAUCCUAACUUGCGUAUUGCCUACGUCGCUCAACACGCUUUCCACCAUAUUGAAAAGCACUUGGAUUCCACUCCUAACCAGUAUAUCCAAUGGCGUUACGCUACUGGUGAAGAUCGUGAAGAACUCGACAAGGUUGAUCGUCAAAUCAACGAAGAAGAAGAGAAGGCCAUGAACGCUGUCCACAUCAUCGAUGGUGAGAAGCGUGUCGUUGAGGAGCUCGUUGGUCGUCGUAAGCUCAAGCAAUCUUACGAAUACGAAGUUUCUUGGGUUGGCAAGUCCUCUGUUGAGAACACCUGGAUGCCCCGUCACAAGCUCGAGGAAAUGGGUUUCUCCAAGAAGAUCGCUGAAUGCGAUGCUGCUGAAGCCGCCAAGCUCGGUCUUAACCGUCCCUUGACUGCCAAGGAAAUCGAAAAGCACUUGGCUGAAGUUGGUCUUGAACCCGAAUUCGCCACUCACUCUCGUAUCCGUGGUCUUUCUGGUGGUCAAAAGGUCAAGCUCGUCAUUGGUGCUGCUAUGUGGAACAAGCCCCACAUGUUGGUUCUUGACGAACCUACUAAUUAUCUUGAUCGUGACUCUCUUGGUGGUCUCGCUUCCGCCAUUAAGGAAUACGGUGGUGGUGUCGUUAUCGUUACUCACAACCGUGAAUUCUCUGAGGAACUUUGCACUGAAGUCUGGAAGGUCGACAACGGUCAGCUUAUGGCUUCCGGACACAACUGGGUCACUGGUAACGGUACCACUGCUGUCGCCGAGAAGGACGAAGAGGACCAAGUCGAUGCUACUGGUAACACUGUCAAGACCGUUAGAAAGGUCAAGCUUACCUCCAAGGAACUCCGAAAGAAGAAGAAGGACCGUAUGGAGCGUCGCAAGCGUGGUGAGGAAGUCUGGUCAGACGAAGACGAGUAAAGCGAUUAUCAAGAAAUCCCCAUUUUGUUUUUCAAGCAUAAUUCUCUUUUAACUCCCAUUUUCUUUUUCAAAAAAAAAAAAAGCUCAACAAUCUUUGGUUCUGAUCUGUACAUAUCCUCCUUACCACUUUAUGCUAACCUCUUCAUCCAACACUUCUACUUCUUCUAAUUGUAUCUCGAGCAAUUGUUUCAAAUCAUCCUCCUACAUCUAUCGUAAAGAGUUAUAAAGCACAGUUCUCUCCAUGUGCGAGUAAACCUAUAGAAUAUCAAAAUAUCUUUGAUGG